UGUAUUUCGGUGAACGAUGACUUGCAUUGCGGUCUUCAAAGCCUACCAUCUUUCAGACUUGGCCUCUUCCUCUGAUCAGUAGUAGAAAUUUCAAUACGAUGCCUCCUCGUUCCAACUCUGUCGUAGAGUCGGUGACUAAGUGUGUCGGAAGUAUCCGAAUAAAGCGAGAGGAAUCGCUGUUGCCUCUCCAAGCAAAUGCGGUCGCAAUCGGCGAAUGGCUCGCCAGUACAAUCAAAGCUUACAAGUUACAGAUUGAAAAUAGCCGCAUUGAAAACGUUCGAAAUGCUGACGAGCCUGCCCCCAAAAAAAUUAAAGAAAAUCCCACCGCCGAAGAUGCGCUACCCAAAGCUCUUGUCGACGAAGUGCAUGCUUUGCGUGUGGCAGAUCUUAAAGAAAGACUUAAAGAACGCCAUUUGAAUGGAGUAGGAGUCAAAGCAGUUCUACGAACACGUCUCUUAGAAUCGAUGGCUGAAGAAGCCGCCGGACACGAAGUAGGUGUUGCUGUGGCAACUGCAGAUUCUUCGCAACCGGCGCCCUUGGCACAAUCGCGAUCGUCCAGGGAACUGCUAGAAAUCGAGCAGGAACAUUCUGAAGCACCGGACAGCCGUGAACGUUUGGUAACGGAAAGCGAGAGGGAUUCUGUGGCAUCAUGUGUGAUGGAUCUUGAGGUGGUAGCUCGAUCUACGUCAAGCUGUUCACAGCCGAGCUGUCAGGACAACACUAUUCAACCGGGAGAGAACACUGAUGUUGCAGAACAUGAACCAGCGCCAAUGGAUUGGGAAAACAAUAUUGAACCAAUUAUUAAGCCUGAGGAAACUUUGGAAAGGGUUCUAAAAGUGCAGCAGUCAGGAGUCGAUCUGGAUGUACCACAAGAAACGGCAAAGGCUCCUCCGUCGAAGGUCAAAACGGCAAUUGAGUUGUUUUCUUCCAAAAAUGGCUCUUCUCAUUCCCCAAAGGAUUUCAUUCCUGUUGGAAGCCUGUCUAACCCAAUUAGCGUGGACGAAAACAAUGAGCCCCAAUCUUUCAAGUCAAGUCUGGUUUCGGAGACAUCGUCGUCAUCCAGCCGUGUUGUCUCGGCUACGCCUUUGUCUGAAGGCCUUUCGUCAGCAAACCUGGGAAACAAAUCAGAAAGCGAUGUUUUGUCAAUCAAGUCGAAACUUGUGAAGGAAAAGAACGAAGCUCGAAAAGCUCGUCUUGCUGAAAUUCGAGGAAUGAGUAAACCAAUGCUCUCUUCGAAAGCGCUUUCGACUCCAUCUCUUUCAUCCUUGAAGAUUAGUGGAAGCAGUGCCAAAAGUGGCAUUCCUGGUGUUUCUGUUGCCGACAAGAGCAAGAUGCUGUCUAAAAUUAGGCAAAAGGCUGCCGCUGCUACCAAGAGCGCGACCUCAUCCGCGUACAAGACGGCAUCAUCCGCUGUAUCGACACUCACCAAAGCUAACGUAUCUACUACAAACGGCUUCAGCACUAGUAAGGAACAGUACAAGACAACACCGCCUGGCCCGAGAGUCAAGAAACAGAGUCUAAAGUGCUCCUCGAAGUCGAAACGAUCUCAGAUGCUCUCCCCAAUAGACACGUACGAAAUGUCUGAUCGUGAGGCAAGCGAGAGUGACAGUGAUUCGGACGAGGAAAGCCGUAAACCACGCAAGCGCGUUCCGAUGUGGGCUGAAAAAAGUAACUUGAUCCCUGCGCUAGAAAAGCAAUACACAGUGAACACCGGAACGUUAGAUCCAGACGAGAUUUUCGGAGAAGUCCAGACCUGUGAUCUUGAGGCCAUCUUUGAUCAAAGGAAGACCCGGUACCAGCGGCGGACGAGCUCGGGAAACUGGUCGAAAGAUCGAGCAACGACAUACGAAAAGCUCACUUACAAACGCACGAUGGGGUACGCCCAGGAAUUGUAAAUUAUCCCUUGUACAGUUUCCGUUGGGCUAGCAUUUAGAAGACGUAUACAUUUUGCAAUUAAAUUUCAUCAGUCAACGUCAAC